UCGGCGCGCCUUUUUUGUGAACUGUCAAAAGUUUUGUGUUUUUCUUUAUUUGUAGUAAACAAAUUUAUCUGCAUUUUCUAGUUAAAAAAUCGUGAAAAUCGUGUGAAAUAUGUCUAAGCGACUAGUGAAUAUCUCGUCUCAGUUGUGCUCUACGAAAAUCACCGAUGCAGAAGACAUUAGUGAAGUGAGAGAGAGAAUUGUGGCUCAUGUUAGUCGCAGGUCAGCUUCGGGGACUUCUGUGCACUCUCCGGAAGGUCUGAGGAAGAGUACUGGGAUACAGAAGCGUCCGUAUGCCCAGAGAAACUUCAUCAAUGGUGAUCCACUAGCUGGAGCUGCCCAUUUGAAUGCUGCAGCCAUUCCCUUCAGCUCGCAGGAAAGUAUAAUCCUCAGUGAACUUCUGUACUGUUUAAUUGGGAUCCGGGGAACGUACAUUGUGCCAGAGUUUCAGGGAGACACUGUGAUUGGGUUUAAGGUGUCUGAUCAGAUCCAUGAGACCCUCAGGGAUAUUAUAAAGGAGAUCUUGCCAUUGGCUCUGCAUUACUCGCAGAUUCAGAAAUUUGUCCAGCAGACAGAUGAAAUGGAGAGUGGUCCAGUGCUUCAGGCACUCUCUGGAGCAGUUAGUGAAUUGCUCCAUGAUUACUAUUUGUCUGUGGUACAAUUGGAAUCUGAUCUGCAGAAGGAGAAUCUCACACUGCACAAAGUUCUCUUCUUCACGAGGCCAACAAUGGCUUCGAUGGAAGUCAUUGCUGAUGCCCUCAAGACCAUCUCCAGGGCUAAUAUUCGGGGCGGCGAGGUGUUGACACUCCUCGAUGAUCGAAUUGCGAAUCUCACGGGAGAUGCAGCCGCCCGGAAGACGUUUAUUGAGCUCACUCAGAAAGCUGCAGUGCCAUAUAUGGAAGCUCUCCAGACUUGGAUUUACAAGGGUGUGGUGUCUGAUCCCCACUGUGAAUUCCUCAUUGAAGACACCGAAGUGUACCCCAAAGGUCUCCAGGAUGACUACACACUGAAUUACUGGGAGGUUCGGUAUGUCGUUAGUCGUGAGAGGAUUCCCAGAUUUCUCGAGAAUCUCUCAGAUAUCAUCCUCCGGACGGGGAAGUACCUCAAUGUCAUCAGGCAGUGUGGGAAAAAUAUCACACCACCGCGAUCUGAGCCCCUUGUUUAUUCCCAUUCCAAUCAGAAUCACAUUGUCCUGAUAAAUGAUGCCUACAACUUUGCUUCCCGGACACUCCUGGAUGUCCUGAUGAAGGAGAAUGAUCUCAUGGGUCAUCUUCAGUCACUGAAGAGGUACUUCCUGCUGCAGCAGGGAGACUUCAUAUUGCAGUUCAUGGAUGCCUGUGAGCAGGAGCUGUCCAAGAAAAUUCAUGCAGUUCAGCCUGUUAAGCUUGAAAAUCUCCUUGGACUGACACUUCGGCUCUCGUCAGCCAGAAAUGAUCCGUACAAGGAAGAUUUGACCAUGACACUCCUCACAGUGGACCUUUUCACCCAAAUGUCCCGGCUGACCAACAAUGACUACAGCGAAUUUGAGGAUUCGCAGGAAAAUCACGAUUUGACUGGACUGGAAAGUUUCGCGUUUCAGUACAGCGUCAAGUGGCCAGUUUCACUCAUUCUCAAUCCCCUCAUCAUCUGCAAGUACCAAAUGCUCUUCCGGCAGCUAUUCUACUGCAAACACGUCGAGAGGCAGCUGUGCAAGAUGUGGAAAUCCAACAACAAUGCGAAGAAAUUUGCCCCAGAGACUGCAGAGCUGUACAGAUCGGUCUUUAUAUUGCGCCAGAGGAUGAUGAAUGCCAUCCAGAACAUUAGUUACUACAUGAUGGUGGAGGUGAUUGAGCCAAAUUGGCAUGUUCUGCACCAGAAUAUGUCAACUGUGGAGAAUGUUGAUGAUGUCCUGAGGGUUCAUCAGAAUUUCUUGGAUGUCUGCCUCAAGAAUUGUAUGCUAAUCAAUUCGGAUUUGCUGAAAUCCAUCACAAAAUUGAUGAAAAUCUGCACGCACUUCUGUGAUUUUAUACAGAAAGCCCAGAGAUAUUCCAUUGAUGCUGAGCUGACGUCAAUGUUGAAGAGUUGUGGGUGGAAUGAUCUAUCCGAUUCGGAGUAUGAUAUGUCAGCCAGUCAACCUAAUCAGGCUGAAUCAGCGAUGGAUCCGUCAGAAACUUUCUCUGAGACUGUAAAGAGGUUUGAUCUGGAGUUUACUGGAGUGCUGAUUGGACUUCUGAAGCAUAUCAAUGAUGUGGCGAAUGACAAUGCAGCUGAUAAUCUGAUAAAUCUCCUCCACCGAAUUAAUUUCAAUAAUUUCUACAGCGAUCAGUUGAACUUCCUCUGCACUAAAGAUCCCACCGGUACGAGUCCGAAGUGAGCAGAAUGGCGCCAGGUAUCAUCAGCACUCUUCCCAGUCAUCAUUUUUUUUUUUAAUAUACAUUUGUUGAUUUUUUCAUGAUUUUUGAAAUUAAACGCGAUCUCCUAAAA